UCCCUAAAAUGGCGCACACAGCUCGGACUCGUUUCCCAGCUCGGCCCUGGAAAAAAUCAGGACGCUCGCGUAUUCUGGGCUUGAAAAAUGAUUUUAAAUGCGGUUUCGACGCCGCAUUGCCAGUCUCUGCCGCUAUCAGCAAAAACCUUCACAAGUUUCAUGACCUCUUCGGAGAAAGCAGCAGCAGUGAGGAUGAACAGUUUUUGGGUUUCUGUUCAGAUGACAACAGCGUACGAAGCCCUGCAAGGUGUCACUUCAGAUCUCUGCGAGUUGAAUCUCCUCAAAGGAAGCUUCGAGGAAGACAACGGACAUUUUCUUCACAAAGUUCGGAUGUGUUAUCAGAUUCGUCCUCUGCAUUGUCGCCUCCGAACAAGCUUGAGUCGAAGCCUGUUGAAAAAGAAAAGAAGCAAGAAUUGAAUAGCAGCGAGAGGAAGAGAGGUCGACCUCCAGUGUUAACCAAUCCAAAGCUUCAUAUCACAGAAGACAAGAAAGAAGCAUCCAAUGGGAAAACGGAGAAACAAAAAAAUGAAAAAGAAAAGAAAGUGAAGAAGAAGCCAGCAUUAUUGCAGCAGGUAACAAAAAUAAAGAAACUAAGAGUCGUCAAAUUGUCACCUUUGCAGUCCAAAUUAAAAAAAGCGAAACUACAGAUUAAUAGCAAUGUGGGAAAGAUUGAACGGAAGAGGGGGAGACCACCUUCUUCAGAGCGAUUGAAGACUAUUCCAAAACUCCUUGUUCCAGCACAAACCAAGAAACAAAAAAGCCUACGUAAGGAGAAAGAUGGAACACCAAUACAGAAAUCAUCUGUGACAAAAGAGAUGAAGUCUGCUGUCAGACAGAGACCCCGGAGAAUAACCAAACCAGUUAGAGUUGUUCCUGUCACAAAAAGGACUGAUGCAGCUAUUGCAAAACAACUUUUGCAGAGAGCUAAAAAAGGAGCUCAGAAGCGCAUGGCUUCACCUCAGCUGAAAAAUAUUCGUCAGUUUAUCAUGCCAGUUAUCAGUGCCAUUUCUUCAAGGAUAAUCAAAACUCCAAAAAGAUUUAUUGAAGAUGAUAGCUAUGUACCUCCUAUCAAAGCUCCACGCCUAGAGUCAACUCCAACUAGUCGGUUCAGCUCGGUAUCUUGUGGGUCGAGCGAGAAAUCCAGUGCUGUUUCACAGCAUUCUUCACAAAUGUCUUCUGAUUCUUCAAGAUCAAGUAGCCCCAGUGUUACCUCCACUGAUUCACAGGUGUCUGAUGAAUUGCAGACUCUUUCUGAAGUAACAACUCAAACAACUGAUUUGCACAGUUGCUUAAAUGCCUCACAGUCCAAUGAACCAGGAGGCACAGAUAAAAAGGGUCACAGAUUUCCAAUGCCAGAAAGAAGCAAUGCUACAACAAGUAAGAAAUUGCCAACUUCUUCACCACAGCCAACGUCCUCCUCUCCUCCACCACCUCUGCUUUCUCCUCCUCCCCCACUGCAACAAACUUCAAACAUAUCUGAUCAUUCUCCCUGGCUGAUGCCUCCAACCAUACCAUUUAUUUCCCCACCAACAGGCCUUCCAGAAAAACGGAAGUCUAUCUUAAGAGAGCCAACAUUCAAGUGGACAUCUCUCAAAAACUUGAGGCCAGAAUCGCAUCAGUAUUUCUCCUCAGCAAAGUAUGCCAAAGAAGGACUUAUUCGCAAGCCAAUAUUCGAUAACUUCAUAACAUCGCCCUUAACUCCUGAAGAUGUUGGCUUGUCAUCCAGGUUUCAUUCAUCUUCCAGUUCAACACCACCACGAUUUUUCUCUUCUCUUCAUCCUACUUCUAGGUUUGAUACUCAUAAGAGAAGUCCUCUGCUUCGUGCUCCACGAUUUACUCCUAGUGAAGCCCACUCCAGGAUUUUUGAGUCUGUUACUGUAUCACCACGCAAUCUGAUUCGAUCUUCAGUUUCUGUCUCGGGUAAAGGGCAUUCUUCCAAAAGGAAGAACAGAGAGUUGCAUAUAUCAAGCCGUAUUGAUCCAAAAUCUCCUUCACACUCCAUGAGAACCAGAAGUGGAAGACUGAUUUCUGCAGAUCUAUCACCAAUAACUCCACAGACUCCUAUAACAUCCUCAUCUCCUGUAAGCAGCAUUCUAACUGGUGCCUUAACUCCCCCUCUUGGUGGUUUGGUGCAGUCCGAAGGAGCAACAAAAGAUAAAGAUGGUAGAGUAAAACUUGUAGCUCGACAAACCAGCACUCCAGGGGACAGCUUCUCUGCAGAGUCGGCAAGUCCAACAUCUCCAUUGUUUCCAUCACUAACACCCAGUACCCAAAAAGACAGGGGCAAAAGCAAGGACAAGCAAACUGAAGAAAUAAUCAAAGAGAGAGAUUUUGAGAAAGGAUCAGAGAAAGACAGAGAAAGAGAUAAGGAAAAGGAAAAUAAACGAGAAACAAGGAAGGAAAAGAAAUUGCAGAAUAAAGGGACUGAGCCUCAGAGUCCCGCACCAUUGUUCCUUUUCCCAGUUGCUGUGGAAGAAGAACGAACUGUUGUAGAGGAUGUGGCUGCUUCAUCUUCAAUAAAAAAAGUUUCAGGAAGGGCAAAAAGGACAAGUUCAACUGAUAAAGGUUCAGGGGUUUUGGGGGAUGGUCUUUCCUCAACACACUCUGAUGGGAAGAAUAAAAGUACGAAGAAAGGCAGAUUGGGAGCUGAAGAAAUAGUGCCGGUAACUGGUGGGACAGAAAGCAGUACAGCUGCAUCCAUUAGCAAUAAAGACAAGCCUCCUCGACAUUCUUCAAUAACCUCUAUGUUCUCAUCUGGCACUCUGAAGCAUUCUGCACCCGCUAUUAGUAGCAUGCUAGCGCAAGCAGACAAAAUGCCAACAACUGAUAAACGAGUGGCAAACCUUUUAAGAAAGGCUAAAGCACAGCUUUGCAAGAUUGAAAAGAACAAGUCAUUAAAAAUUGCUAACCCAACAAGAUCUCAGGGUCAAGAAAGUGAUUCUUCAGAAACAUCAAUACCAGGCCCUCGAAUAAAACAUGUUUGUAGACGGGCUGCUGUGGCACUUGGUCGGAAAAGGGCCGUGUUUCCUGAUGACAUGCCUACCCUGAGUGCCUUGCCUUGGGAGGAGCGAGAAAAGAUACUAUCUUCAAUGGGAAAUGAUGAUAAAUCAUCAGUAGCUGGGUCAGAAGAUGCUGAACCACCAACACCAGUGAUUAAACCAGUGGCCAAGCACAAAGUUCCGCAGGAGCCUGUUGUUCGAAAAGGGAGGAGGUCACGUAGAUGUGGGCAGUGUCCAGGCUGCCAAGUUCCAGAUGACUGUGGCCAGUGUACAAAUUGCUUGGAUAAGCCCAAAUUCGGUGGUCGAAAUGUGAAAAAGCAAUGCUGCAAAAUGCGGAAAUGUCAAAACCUUCAAUGGAUGCCUUCUAAAGUACCUCCUCCAAAGCCAGUUAAUAAAGUGAAGAAAAAGGAAAAGAAAACAAAAUUACAAGAGAAAAAGGAGGCUCCACCAGAAAAGCAGCAGAUCGACACCAGCCAUAAGAACUCUCCACAGAGUGUUUCACAAGAUCACAUACAGAAAGUAAACCAAGUUCCUCAUCAACAGAGUGAGCAGCAGUCUGAAGAAGGCAGCUCCUCUCCACUUUCAGAAGCUCAACAACAGGCUACGUUGGUUUCACCUCUGCGGAAACCCAGCAAACAACUUCCACAGCCACUUGAACCCAGUAUGCCUCUACAGCCAGGUCACGUGCAAUUAAAGAAAGAAUCAACUAAGUCUGUGCUGAAUGACCCAAAGAAAAAACAGCCACUGCAAACCGAAUCAGCAAUAGAGCUGAGCAAGCAGAAGAAACCCCCUGCUCGUUUCAAUAUUCAGUUAAAAACUAAAAAGCCGAAAGAAAAGGACAAAGUGGUUCCUGUCAGUAAGUUUGAACCCAGUACUCUGAAUCUCCUCACUACGUUCACAAAUGUUAGUUGUGGAAAACAGAAGCCAGUGGCGGAUGGAGUCCACAGGAUCAGAGUGGAUUUCAAGGAAGACUGUGAUGUGGAAAAUGUGUGGGAAAUGGGUGGACUUAGCAUCCUGACUUCUGUACCCAUCACUCCCAGGGUGGUGUGCUUCCUUUGCGCCAGCAGCGGACAAGUUGAGUUUAUUUACUGUCAGGUUUGCUGUGAACCCUUCCACCUUUUCUGCCUGGAGGAGAAUGAGCGCCCCCUGGAGGAGCAGUGGGAGAACUGGUGUUGUCGGCGCUGCAAAUUCUGCCAUGUUUGUUGCCGACAAAAUAAAUCCUCAAAGCAGCUUCUUGAGUGUGGCAAGUGUCGAAACAGCUAUCACCCAGAGUGCCUGGGACCAAACUAUCCAACAAAACCAACUAAGAAAAAGAAAGUCUGGAUAUGCACCAAAUGUGUAAGAUGUAAGAGUUGUGGAGCUACAACGCCAGGGAAAGGCUGGGAUGCACAGUGGUCACAUGAUUUUUCUUUAUGUCAUGAAUGCGAGAAGCUUUUUGAUAAAGGAAACUUCUGCCCACUGUGUGAUAAGUGCUACGAUGAUGAUGAUUAUGAGAGCAAGAUGAUGCAGUGUGGAAAGUGUGAUCGUUGGGUUCAUGCAAAGUGUGAAAGCUUGUCAGAUGAGAUGUAUGAAAUCUUGUCAAAUCUUCCAGAAAGUGUGGCAUACACAUGCAUAAAUUGCACGGAGCAACACCCUGCAGAAUGGCGACUGGCACUAGGCAAGGAACUGCAGAUCUCUUUAAAGCAAGUCUUGACUGCAUUGCUAAAUUCUAGAACGACCAGUCACUUGCUACGAUGCAGGCAGGCAGCCAAACCUCCCGACCUAAAUCCAGAGACUGAAGAAGCUGUCCCUGCUAGAAGCUCACCAGAAGGUCCUGAUCCUCCAGUUCUUACAGAAGUAAACCAGCAGGAUGAACAACCUCUUGAUCUGGAAGGAGUAAAGAGGAAAAUGGAUCAGGCGAGAUACCAUUCGGUGCUGGAGUUCAGUGAUGACAUUGUAAAGAUCAUCCAAACAGCAAUGAACUGUGAUGGAGGGCAGCCUGAAAACAAAAAAGCCAAUAGCAUGGUCAAGGCUUUCUUUAUACGGCAAAUGGAACGAUUCUUCCCAUGGUUUAGUGUGAAGGAGUCCAAGUUCUGGGAGCCUAAUAGGGUCACCCCAAAUAGUGGAAUGCUUCCCAAUGCUGUGUUGCCACCAUCAUCUGAUCACAACUAUGCUCAGUGGCAAGAGCGAGAUGACAGCACACGUACUGAACAGCCAGCGCUUACUAAGAAAAUUAUACCUGCACCACAGCCGAAAGGACCAGGAGAUCCUGACCUACCAGUGCCUCUGCCGCCACCACCGUUCGCGAUAACAGCUGGUUCAGAUAGAAGUCGAGAGGAGAGCCCAGAUAUUGACCCUCCUCCAGAUGUUGAAGACAACAGGCAGUGUGUACUUUGCCUGAAAUAUGGAGAUGACAACAAAAAUGAUGCUGGACGUCUUCUGUACAUCGGUCAGAAUGAAUGGACACACAUAAACUGUGCCUUGUGGUCAGCAGAAGUCUUCGAGGAUGAUGAUGGCUCAUUGAAGAAUGUCCAUAUGGCUGUUAUCAGAGGCAAACAACUGCGCUGUGAACGUUGCCAGAAAGCCGGGGCUACUGUUGGCUGUUGCCUUUCGUCUUGCCAGAGCAACUAUCACUUCAUGUGUGCUCGAGCAAAGAACUGUGUGUUCCUGGAUGAUAAGAAAGUAUACUGUCAGCGGCAUAAAGAUCUGGUUAAAGGAGAGACUGUGGCUGAGGAUGGAUUUGAGGUAUUAAGAAGGAUUUUUGUUGACUUUGAGGACAUCACUUUAAGAAGGAAGUUUCUGACAGGCCUAGAGCCAGAGAGUAUCCACAUGAUGAUUGGUUCUAUGACAAUAGAUUCUUUGGGGAUACUCAAUGAUCUUUCUGACUGUGAAGCAAAACUUUUUCCCAUUGGCUAUCAGUGUUCAAGGGUGUACUGGAGCACAACUGAUGCUAGGAAGCGAUGUGUGUACACGUGUAAGAUUCUGGAACAUAGACCCCCUCCUGUGGAAGCAGAAGAAAACAGCACUUUAGAGCACAAUGAAAACAGAACCGUGGCACAUAGUCCAAGCAGCCCAACAGAAAUUUACACAACAGAGAAUCAAAACACAGGUUCAUCUGAAAUGGCAGAUCAUUAUCCAACCCCUUACGGACCUGGGCCAAUACCUCCGAGAUCGCAGCCUGGUAGUAGGACUCAGAUAUCUAGUUUUUUCCCGUCUCGUCGAUCCACAAGCUCAGGAUCUAGGCCCCUUCCAUCACCAGGGAGCCCCACACCACUGAUUCAUGAGAAAGUCACAUUUGCUGAUGCCCUACUGUCAUCAGGGAGACGGAGUACCAUUUCUAGGAGACAUAGUACAACUUCAGUAUCGCCCCAACAUUCAAGGCACAGGAUGGCUUCUCCUUCUCAAAUGGGCAUAACAUACGUAAGAUCAAGUAGUAAUAUCAAUGCAUCUCCACUGACUUCCCUCAGUGUACCAUCGGAUACAGAUGCAGGAAUCCAAUCUGGUGAAACUUUUCGUAAAGCACUUCAGUCAGACAAACUUGGUAUUCCACUGCAAGCGUAUACGGGACCUUCUAGCCGCCAACGAAUUGGUAGUGCUGAUUCUAUACCUGUACACCAUACAGGGGUUUCUCACACAUUAGUUUUACAGCCUAACAGGACAGAGCCAACAUGUACUGGGCAUCACAGUUCUACAGAGUGUUCUUUAACUUUAUCUGGUAACCUUUCUCGAAGUGAGACCAGUCUACCUGUAAGUACAUUAGAUGGUUUAGUGACAACGUCUGUGUUACCACCGACGUCUACCUCAGUUCCCACAGUAACAGCAUCACGUACAGCACAAAAAGAAGCACGUAACAACAGUGCAUUGCUUACAAAUUCUAACUCGGUGACACCACUCUCCAAAGAUGCUAAAACCUGCAUGUUAUCUUUUCAACAAAAAGAUUCUAGAAGACCAAACGAGCAGUCCAAGGACACUGUGCAUGCAGGAAAAUCAAGCAAGGAGCACUCUCACAGUCAAGGCACUGAGAGAACAAGGUUGCAGUCUGCUGGAGCUAGCCAUACAGUGACUACAGGAAAUGAAUACCCUCGGUCAAACUGUACUGAGAAGAGACUAGUCACUAAAGUGUCCUCAGCAGAUUUUCCCAGAAACAGUAGAGUACAGACAGGAAAGCAUUUUGAGGAAAGCCCAUGUUCCGAUUCUGCUGCAGAUCUAAAGGUUAAUCCAAAAGUAUCUAGCAAUUCACUUCUUGAACUAGUUGAGAACACUCAAAUUAUCGAAGAACCUAAACAGAUAUUUAAUGACAAAUCUGCUGGUACUGAACAUUAUCUUCCUACAAGUAUUAGUGAAAGGAUCCAACCUCCAUCUGACAAGAUCCAGGCUGAUAUUCGCAAAAAAGAAAUGUAUACUUCACAAAAGCAAGAAAUUCAUGGAUAUUUAGAAUCUGAUUACCUUAUUGAUGAGGAUCAUGAUGAAAAUCUAGUCACAUCGAUGUCCGCCAGUUCUCAGGAAGGUGAUGAGCCAUUGUCCUCUGUUAUGCCACCUUCAAUGACAGGAAGUCCAGAAAAUGAGCAGGAAAACCUGAGGUGUCCAAAGUGUAACAAGGUCUACAAACAAAGGGUGAAGAAUUUGUUUCAAAAGCAUGUGCUGCAGUGUGGAAAUCAGACUACACAGGAAGAUGGUGAUGGGAACAAAACUCAGGACAAUGAUUCAAACAAAAGGAGGUAUCCCCGAAGAAGUGCCCGUGCACGCUCAACUACUUUUUUUGGGUUGACUCCCUUUUAUGGUGUAAAAUCGUAUGGUGAAGAAGAUUUUCCAUUCUAUCGAGAUCCCUCCGGGAAAAAACGUGGUGAGCAGUCAACUCAAGGACAGGUAGAUGGAGCUGAUGAUCCAAGUACAUCAUCUGAUGAAGAUGUGGAAUACUACUACAAUUUCACAAGAACAGUUAUCACAUCUGAUAGAGAAGGAAGACUUGAGCCAUGCAGUUUCUUUGAUGGUGAGGAAGAUUGCCGCAUACCCAGGAUAAGUCAACUUGAUGGCGUUGAUGAUGACACAGAAAGUGAUGUUAGUGUAACCGCAACAGCAGGGAAAGCAACACAGGUGAAUAAAAUAAAAUCCAAAGAAAAUGGAACUGAAAGCCUCGACCUUGAUGGAGCAAUUAACAGUGGUACUGUCGAUGGAGAAAAGGAGAACCAUGGGAUUAAAUCAGUUUCUGACCUGAAAAGUAAUGAUUCAAAAUUAGAUAACUGCAUUCCAGUGAGUAGAGUGAAGUCUCAAGGCCAGGACUCCUUAGGGGAGGUUUCUCUCACCUCAUUAGACACUUCAAGACGAGGCCACUCCAGCACGACUUCUGAGAAGAAUUUGCUGGAUAGUUUCAAUACAGACUUGUUGAAGGCUGCUAAUGAUUCAGAUAAUAAUAACAGUGAUGACUGUGGCAAUAUUCUCCCAUCUGACAUCAUGGACUUUGUUCUGAAGAAUACACAGUCUAUGCAAGCACUAGGGGAAAGCCCAGAGUCAUCAUCUUCUGAACUUAUAACACUGAGUGAGGGUUUAGGUUUGGUUAGUAACAGAGGAAAGGAUAUGGGCAGUCUGUUUGAAGUAUUUUCCCAGCCAUUGCCCAGCACAGAACCUGUGGAAAGUGUUGUCUCAGCCUCCAUUCCUGCUGAGGAGCCCUUUGAACUGCCCCUUGAGUUGCCGUCAGACCUGUCUGUUUUAACAACGUGCAGCCCAGCUGUUUCUAACCAAAGCCACAGCAGCCUUACUGUUAUUUCAACAUCCCAGCUGACCCCAUCAGAAGAUCAAUCAGUAUUAAAUUUACCUGCCUCUGAGACAGUGGAAAAAGGGGUAACAGUGACUGGGGAGAAAUCAGUGACAGUGAAUGAACCUGAAGUUACUUUGAUAGGACAUCAAGUGGUGGAACCGUCUGGAGAAAGUCACAUGGCAUCAGAUCAAUUCAUCCAAAGCCACAUAGACACAGAUCAGCUUACUUCCCCAACCUGUACUCAAGUAGAACAAGGACUUAACAGCCAGGAUCUGACAGCGGUUGUUGCAAGCUCGCCAGUUGUCCUUCCAGUAUCUGUUUCACCUUCUGUGCUACCCCAAGGUCAGAAAUAUGUCACGAGUCCAGAUAGUCCUGGACCCACUCCUGUCGUAAGUUCUACGACAGAGACUGCAACACCACUCCCUAAACCAGGAACAGGAGACCUCAUUAUUGUCAAUCAACAUGGACACCCACUGUAUGUUCUCCAGACGCUUCCCAAUGGAGUUACACAAGAGAUAAGUCUAACACCUUCAUUAGGAACUGCACAAGCAGUCAUAGAGACAAACAAUACAGUUCUUGGGCAGAAUGUUUCUAUGGGUUGUAGCUUAGCUUUGGCAACUGGUUUAAAUGUUAGCUUGCCAGCUUCACAGUCAAUAUACACUUCUGCUACCAUGACCAACAGCAGUGGAUUGAUGACUUUAUCACAACACCCUCAGUUACAUUCCUUUGCGGGACCCCCCGCAUCAGCAUUUCAGCCCAACAAUGCUAACUCUGGUUCCAGCCUCCUUAUUGGGGUCCAAUCGCCUCAGGAUCCUCAACUCUUAAGUUCUGAGCCCAGUCAGAGGCCAGAGCUUGUCACUGCCAUGACCUCUAGUACUGGAUCCACUCAAGUCAAGAAAAGGCCAAUAAACCGGCUGCCUUCUAAAAAGGGCAAGAAAUUAGCACCUUCGUACCAGCAAACUUCAGGCUCUUCAGAAAUUGUACCUAAUAUAACUUCAAUCAACUUUUCAUCUUCACAGGUCCCUGGAGGGAUUGCCAACCAGUCAGGAUUAGUGGAUUUAGGAGCACUUACAAACACAGGACCCCAACGAACAAUUCCCAACAUAAUUAAACGUCCAAAAUCUGCUGUAAUGUAUUUUGAGCAGGCAUCAUUAGCUGUGCCUCAGCUUCAGCAAACACUGGGGGCAGUUGGGUCCACAAACAUCAUUGGUCCAGAAAGCAGUCAUCUGGCAGCUGGAAAUGUGUCUGGAUUGGGAUCAGGUCAAUCUGUUUUAAAUGUUGUAUCUAUGCAUGCAGCAACAACAGCAACCAGUGCUGCUGCUGUAACUGGGCAUAUUCUGGGUCAGAGUUCAGUCACCUUAGCUGCUCCCAUGUUACUAGGGACAACAGAUAUCACUGGCUCAAUAAGCAAUCUGUUGAUCAAAGCUAGUCAACAGAGCUUAGGACUUUCAGAUCAAGCAGUAUCAUUGCCUGGAACAGGAAUGUUUCAACACCUAGGACCAUCACAUAGUCCGAACAGUGGACCUCUAUCUCCAGCACAGAGCAUAUGUCUGCUGCCUUCCACUCCAGCAGUUACUGUACCAGUUGUGCCGAGUCCACCUGACCAGGAAGGGACCUAUCAACUCCAUCAAAGAACUCAGAUGUUGCCAAACAAAUGUGUAGCAGCAACUGCUCAAUUAGAUGCUGUGUGUAUUUCAGGUGGCCAGCUAUCAACUACCACAUUGUGCAUGUCGUCCAGUGUCAUGAGUAACCCAGUUGUAUUUUCAAACACCAGCAUGACUUCACCAGCUCCAGUAGCUUCUGUGUUUUCCUCCACCACGGACCAGUCUUCUGUCAGUAGUGUACCUGUACUAUCUCCAGGCUCUCCAAGAUCCAAGCCCAGGGUAAAACGGACAUCAUCCUCUUCUGACAAACCAAGCAAUAAAAAGCACAAGGUGGUACAUGUCAUGACUGAAUCUUGUGGAGGUCAUCAAGAUAUUCUGGAGUCUGAUUUGGCCAAUGUGCCCCUAUCUUCUAGUGCAGGUUCUAUUCAUGUAAAACUAAAAGCAGCAGUACAAGAUGCUAUGGAAUUUGAUGAGCAGCAGCAUGAAGAUUGUCACCAGGAUUCUGAUUCACCAAGUCAAAUGGGAAUACUGCAACCUAUGGAACCAGUGAACACAGCAACCUCAAAUACAGAAGGACAAGAUGACUUUGUGACUGAAUCUAAAAGUUCAGAUGAUGAUGACACCUUCACUUCUCCACUACUUGCUUUGCUUGAGCAAGAAGAAAAGAGAAGAGAGAUCAGGAGUGAGAAGAAAUCAAAGAAAGGCCUCCUGUUUCAAAUCACAAGUGAUGAUGGGUUUCAGAUCCAGUGUGAUAACAUUGAAGAAGGUUGGAAGGUGUUAACAGAUAAAGUGCAGGAAGCUCGAACAAAUGCCCGUCUGAAGCACAUAUCAUUUUCUGCGGUAAAUGGCCUAAAAAUGCUGGGCAUUUCCCAUGAUGCAGUGGUAUUCCUAAUUGAACAGCUUUAUGGAGCAAAACGUUGCAAGAAUUACAACUUCAAGUUCCAUAAACACCAAGAAGUAGAUGAACUUCCUGUCAAUCCACAUGGUUCCGCAAGGGCUGAAAUACACCAAAGGAAGUCAGCAUUUGACAUGUUCAAUUUCUUGGCUUCAAAACAUCGGCAGCCACCAGAUUAUUGUCCCAAUGAGGAAGAGGAAGAGGAGGUGCAGCUAAAAUCAGCACGACGGGCAACCAGCAUGGACCUUCCUAUGGCCAUGCGAUUCCGGCAUUUGAAAAAGACAUCAAAGGAGGCUGUUGGUGUCUAUCGGUCACCAAUCCAUGGACGGGGCCUUUUCUGUAAGCGAAACAUUGAUGCAGGUGAGAUGGUCAUCGAAUAUUCGGGUACUGUCAUUCGAUCUGUCCUCACAGACAAACGAGAGAAAUAUUAUGACAGCAAGGGUAUCGGUUGCUACAUGUUCCGUAUUGAUGAUUAUGAGGUGGUGGAUGCAACAAUGCAUGGAAAUGCAGCUCGUUUCAUUAACCACUCCUGUGAACCCAACUGCUAUUCCCGCGUAAUAAAUGUGGAUGGGCAAAAGCACAUUGUUAUUUUUGCUGUGCGAAAGAUCUACCGAGGUGAAGAGCUGACAUAUGAUUACAAGUUCCCAAUUGAAGACGCCAGCAACAAACUUCCGUGUAACUGUGGAGCAAAGAAAUGCAGGAAGUUCUUGAACUGAUAAAGACUUGUGGGGGACAAAAAACCCUUUUGAGGUGACUGCCGUGAUUUAAUAGGAUUACCUUGGGGAAAAUAAAAAUUCAGGGAUGGAUAUAGUGGGAUACUUGUACUCCAGUGUGCAACAGCAUACAUUCUUGAUAGAGCACAGUUUUAAACACUAGUGGCAAAAUACUAUUCAAAUGUUUUCCAACAUACAGGCCUAUUUUUAAAAAAAAACACUGCUAAACUGUGUUGGCUGCUGAACUUUUCCAAAACUACACAGCAGGAUGUUAAACAGUUACAGCCUAUUCCAUUCCAAAAAACGUACAGUUCCUUGUUUGAGGCAGCAAUCCUGAAUAAAAUAAAAAUUCCAGUCAAUUAUUGCACCAACACAACAAAAUAACACAAAAUUAGCAGGCAACUUGAGUUGACUCUCAUCUCUGAAAGUCAAAAGUUAAGAUCAAAUUUGACUAAAAAGUAACCUCUUUAACAGUAAUGCACUAGAAAAGGUAGAGGAAAUGCAAGGAGAAUACAGGUUUAAUCUGUGACAUGCGGAUCCUAACCUGGGAGUAGAUUUUUCAUUGCAGUUUUAAAUUUGGGGAAGUAAAAUGAUUUCAUAAAUCCAUCAUCUAAUGAUAGCCACUGCUCAACAGAAGAACUACUAUAAAAACGAGUGGAAUCAUAGGAGGAUCUGUGCAGCCUUGGCAAAGGUCUCUAGUCCCAUGUAAUUACUUCAAUCUAGCAAAUUCACUCCCCUUUCCAGGAGGCAGUUAUCUCAGAUUUUAAGUUGUGAGGCAUUUUUUGGACUCUUGAGUCACUUGGAUUGGCAGAAAAUAAAAGUAACACUAAAGAUUGAAAUUCUGCCUAUUAGGUUCAUUCAUUUUUUUUUUCCCCUUCAGUAUAAUAACUACUGCACUUGCUCUUGGGUGAUUUAAAGAAUCUAAUGGAAGGAAGUUGACUAUAGAAAACAAAAACUUUGAUCACAAACGAGAAAAUCUGCAGAUGCUGGAAAUCCAGAGCAACACGCACAAAAUACUGGAGGAACUCGGCAGGUUAGGCAGCAUUGAUGGAAGGGAAUACUACACUGAAUUGUAACACAGGCCUCUUUAUAGGUAGUAAAGCAUUGCUUGUGUGCUCUCAACUUGUAAUCUUAAAAACCCCAUGUGUUUUGUACACCUAGUUAGUGUUGAUAAUUACACUGCCAGUUUAAAAUGCAUGAGUUUAAAGCAAAAGGCACUAUUUCAUUAUCAGACUCUUAAGCUUUAAAUGGUACCCAUCUAUUAGCAAUGGGAUAGUUAAAUUGUCAUCUUGCCUUUCACCUAUAUAUAACCAUAUAAAUUUAUGGUUUGAGGUUUGUGUAUUGUUAUUUUCUGGUCAAUGGGAAUAACAUUCAAUCAUUUGUAUGAAGGUGGAAAAACUACAGGAGGUAGAUUAAAAAAGCUUAGUCUGCCCUUCUUAAAAUCAUGCUUUUAAAAUCCAAACUUACCAUAAGCGAACAGCAUUUAAAAUAAAAUUCUGGUGUUCAGCAACAAAAUCAUGUUCAUAAUUCUAGAAAACACAUUUAUAUUGGCAAAUUGGUUGGCAUGUCAUUGAACAUUGACAGAGGGAUAAAAGUUUAAACCUAAAUUUUUAAAUACUUUAACAGUGUAUAAUCUCCCUGAAGUGAAGAAGCACUGAUUUAGGAAGUUGAAAAUAAGGAUACUGAGGCACUUUGUUAUUGUACAUUAUACUGACAAAUGGGUGGUUUGUGCUUAUCUGGUGUUUCUUAUUUUGCAGUUUUAACCAUUUAUUUUGAUUAAAGGUUCCAGUAAGCUAUAGAGGUAUGCCUGUGAGAACAUAAAGCACCCAUUUGUUGGUAAUUUAAAAUUUAACUUUUCUGCUUUCCCAGUUAUGCUUAAACACCACAGAGGAAAAAAAAUCCAGUCAUUAGAUCAUACUGAAUUAUCAACUUGGGGAGGUUGAAGGAAGCAGUCAUACUUCCUCAGAAGGCAAAUGUUUUUGUGUGAGUUGUGACCAAAAAAAAUGACAACUUCCACCAUAGCUGACUCCUGGAAAAUAGGCAAUUUCUUUUGACCAAAUGAAUGCAUCUCAGGUGGGUUUCUGGCAGUGAUUUUAAAGACCUUGAUCCCCUGUAUUUUUGCACUGUGUGCUAUUUAGAUAAACGCUAAAAUGAAUGUGUUUGUACUGACUACAAUAGUGUUCCAUGUUUUUAGAUUACAGUUGUUUUCCAUGUUUUCCAAAAUCCAGAUUAUAACUAUCUAAUGUAUUCUAUUAUCCUGAUCACAGAUGCUUCCUCUGCUGUCUAAGUUUCCCAUUGGUUUCAAGAGGGGAUUGGCUUAUCAGGAUGUUGUACCUUAUUUAAAGGGGCACAGUCUUUGUUCAAACUUGAAAAAUCCCAUCGUCACAUCUCCCACCCUUCCAUUCUGUUUUCCCUCCCAAAAGACAAAGGCUGUGUUCCUUUAAGCAAUAAUCUACAGCCAACCAAGCUGAUGGAAGAAAGAUUAUCAGAAUUUUUUUUUCCUUUAGUAAGGUCUACAUUGUCUGGUAUUCCUGUUCAGUUACACCUCUGGACAGAUAUUGGGUAUUUUUCUUUUUGUCGUUGCUCAGUUGCUGCUACUAUUUAAUGACAUCUAACUGCCUUUUGGGACCAUGUUCCUCGCUGCUACAAUAUCAGCUUUUACUAGCCUCUACCACAGGAAAGGGUAGGGUUGACCUAUGAAUGACAAUGCACUUCAUUAAGUACAUGAUUGAAUCACCAGGGCAGCAUACUUAGAGCACAGGAAAGAUGCACCUUCUUAGCAUGGUGUUAAUGUUCAGGUAAUGGGGGUUCUACUGGUUGAGUGGGGUGGGGGGGGGGGGAAUAGUUCUGUAUGCACUGAUAGUCAUGAAGAUGAAUAUGUGCUGUACUAUUGACUGCUGGCUGGAUGGAUAAUGAUAUCUAGCUGAAAAGAUUUUGUUUGUCACUAUUUUUAAUUAAGUUUCAUUGUUGCCAAACAAUUACAGGCAAACUCUAUGAUAGGAAAGAAACCUUGACAAGCAGAUAAUUUGGUGUAUGUAGUUCCUCACUUGUCCCAUUUUCUGACUUGUAGGGCACUUCAAAACAGGGGCAAAGAUUGUUAUUGAUAUGUUGCUCUUUUUAUUUCUUGCUGACUUGUUUCAUUUUAGAUAAUUGAAUGAAGCAUCAAAUUGUAGUCUCAAUUAUAUUAAUGAGUGCAAUGUCCAGAGAUAUUGCUAAGUCCUUUUUAAAUCCAUUGAUUUUAACAAGGUAUAUAAAGUGGUGGUGAAGAUGAGUCAGAGUCUUAACAUUCUUGAGGCUUGACUUCAACAUUCUUCUAUCCAAAAAUAUGUAGUUUCCCUUUCAAAACAGUAGUUUGGUGGCUAUGAUGUUUCUUGUAUGAGCUUUCUACAGUCUUGGUUCAUCUUCCCUGAUUCUACCCUGAAUAAGUGAGAAUGCUACAUUAAAUGGAAUAAGUGCACUAGCAAGGAGCAGAAUCGUUCUGUUCUCAGAAAAUGAUAAUAAAACUGGCCCAAGACCCUGGAACAGGCCUCUCAUGCUCAAGGUAUAAGAGGCUUAAUAGAUUCCCUAAGAGGGAGCGGUUGACUUUCUUGUAAAAUGCAAUGUUUAGUUUUUGUGUGGUGGAUUCCAGGCUCUCGGUUCUGUGGUCUUCCCUUUUCAAACCUAAAUCCUCUUUGAGGGCCAUUUUGUGAAAUGCUGUACUGUGUUCCAUUCAGAAGCAGGGUAGUGGUGAAUCUUUAAGUUGACUAAAGUUCAUUCUCCUUUUUUAAAAAAAUACACUUUUGCAAUUUAACUGAGGAAUACAGAGAUUUUCAAUAGUACUCUUUGUCCUGUUGGUUCAGAGUGGGAUUUUUAUAGAGACUAUGGGUAAUGAGUUAAAACACUGAACAAAAAUUAAUGUAGUUAUUUUUUCCAACUUAUCUCUAACCCAACCAGAAUUUAAAAAAUAUAUUAUUUAUUGAAACUCAUUGGGAUAUAUAGGAAACUUGAAUAUAAUUGUAUUUUUAAAAAAAUCAAUGAGACUGGGAAAGAGGUAGAAAUAAGUAUUUAAGAAUUAAAUAACUGAAAUAGCACAGCAAAGUCAGGUGGUGAUGCCUGAGUAUGUGUACCAAAGUUUUGAUUCAUAGGAAUAAAUGAAUCAUUGGAGUUCUAGUUACUUCUUGUCUGGCCCCCAUUUUUGCAACUAGUUCACCACCCUUUUAAUUCAGUGUCAAGACAUGGAACGGUUGCACAGACAGCUAUGGUGUGUGAUACAGAGUGAGCGCUACAAAAAUUGAGGGGUUUUGCUCUUUCCUCUUCAAAAUAUUGAACUUGAAUAUGGAAAUAGGCUGCAGCUAGACCAGUGACGUGGAAUCUAAAAUUACUUUUCAGAAUGGGAUGGGGAGGGGAGAGCAAUCUGAUGAGUGGAAUUUCUUUGUAGAGAAGUCCUUUGCAUUUACUGGCAUUAUGCCUUUUUAAGUUUUAUUGGCUAGGGUUGAUCAGUGGUGAUCAUGCAUGGCAAGACAGAAGAGAUGACUAGUUGCUAGUUUGCUUUUGUUUACAAAUGCCGCUGCUUUUGUUCAUCCAUGUGACUGGUCAAAGAUGGGAAUACAACUACCAUGCAUCCCAUUGUGUUGGUUUCCACAGGCAGUUAAACUUUUAAACCAUUAUAACCUGCACCACACAGUGUAUAAAUUUCAGUGUUAGGGUUUUUUUUAAGGGAUUUAUUGACAGCAUACCUAAAAUUUAAUGACUUGCCAAUUAACAAUUGAAAAAUUCUGCAUAGUGCAUAUUUUUUUUAGGAUAGUUUAUUUAAUUUGGAAUCAUUUUUUGGAUGAUGUAAUCUUACAUCUAUCUAUAGUUUUGGGGUACUGUUGACAAAUGGCACACCCCAUAUACUCUUCACUCCAAUUUCUGAACAGAGACACUUGAUAUAACAACUUGAAGGCAGUUUAUCAAAUGUGAAUGAAGAGCCAUUUUAGUCUGUAUUUCAAGCUGCCUCUUUUCUGAGGGUGAUGAUAUUAAGGAAGGGUGUUAACUAUGUAUUCACGAAUGCCAGUAGCAGGAUUAGCAUGCAGUACAAAAUAUACUUGUAGAGAAAGAGAUUCCUUAAUGUACCAAUACCCUUGUGUAUGUGGCAGAACUGGUUACAGGGAUACUGAGUGCAUUCAUUACAGCAGUUAUGUGGCUUGAUCUUCAGUUUAAACACCAAAGUUUUGAAAAAUAACUAUUUACACUGCUGUUGUCCUCUUGAACCAUUUUGUAAGGAUAAUUCUCUGUACAGUUAGUAUCUGUAGAAAGCUUUUAUUUUGGAAAUUUUUGCUUCAAGAUUGGGGUGUUGUCUCAUUUUAAAUGGUUUCUACUUGGGUUCUAGAGCAUUGAAACCCGGGAACAAUUCUAUAACUCAUUAGCAGUCCACAACAUAUGGCACUUUUUUUUUGUCUUCUCUUUUUGUUUCAUUUCCUUACUGGAGGAUUUUACCUUGCAGUACUGCAGCAGGGUUGAAAGUACUAAAAAUUUUGUCUCUGUCGUCACCAUGGAACAAUUUAGGCUCAAACCCUUGAGUGUCAGACAAGGAAGGUGUUGCUUUGUAAACUAAUACGGUUUAACUUCCUUUUUCAAUCCAACACAGGACACAGCAGUUUUAAGAUGAAUGUAUCUUUUUCUAAUGACUGAACGUCUAAAUGAAUAAAACACCAUCACAUCAUAAAGCUUAAUGAAAUACAUAAUCAAAUCUGAAUAAGUAGGUUAAUUUGAAGGGCUGGUUCUCACCUAUUCAGCAUCCGUUUCAAAGCAAAUACAAUGUUUACGAAAGUCUGCAGAGAUCAUGUAGGACCGUUAUGUCUUAGCUUAAGAGUACAGAGUUCUGGAUUUUAAUUCAAAAAAGUUUGGGGGGGGGGGGUGAUUGCUUUCAAAGAAAAUAAUACUUUGGUGAUAAUUCCCCAAAAUUUUAAGAUAUUUAAACACUAUUUCUGUUUUUUUUUGUUUCUCAAAUGGAUAGCUGACAAUGUAGCUACUAGAGGGGAAAUACAAAUUAUAAAUUAUUUUUGUUUAAGUUAGGGUACACGUUAUGUCUGUACAACCCUGUUCCUUGUGACUAGAGUGCUUCUCUUCCCUAAUGCCCUCACCGGAACAGAAUUAUAUUUAUAUGUACAUUUUUCCGUUAAUGUGAAUAUAUUUUUGCAUCUCUUUGAGAUGAAUACACAAAGACGUGGUAGAUGUAAAAUGUUCCGGUUCAGAAGAACCUUACUUGAGAAAUUUUUAUUUUUAUUCAUGAGGAGGCUAAUAGUAUCCUUUUUUAAUUAUUUUUUCAUUUUUUUGUUCCUGUACAUUGUUAUUUUUUACAUGGCUCUUGUAAAACAUCUUUACUAUUGGAUUAGUGCAUCAGUGUUAAACAUUAUCAUGGUAAUGAAGGAAUUUUAAUUAUUAAGUAAAACUGAAAGCUAUGCUAAAGAAUGAAUGUAAUAUAUGUAUAUAGUUGUAAAAAUGUUUCUAAGCAUCAUUUUCUAUGCACUUUUUUAUUUAAGUGAUAGUUUAAUUAAUAAACAUGUCCAGUUUAUCCUUGGAGAUACUUUAAAUAUAUUUUGUGUAUUUCA